GUCAGCCAGAAAGUAACCAGAAGGAUCUGCUACUCAGAGGCAGCUUAGAGGAAUCAGCCUUUCUUAGGAAGAUUUGCAGCCUGCUCUGGCUCUGUUGUUGCGGAAUAUACCAUCCUGCCCCUGCAGUUUAGCCUUGUAGAGAUUUGUUAAGCUCUUUUUUUCUGCUAGGGGGGAAAAAAACCUGUACUUUUGAAGAGCAGAAGCAUCGAUUUGGAAGUAUUUUUCUUUGAAAUAACACUGUUGAAAAACGGAGCACGUGAACUACUGAUCAGAUAAAGAACUUUUCUUGGAAAUAAUCACCGUGAUUGAAAAACCUCAAGGGUCAUCAAUGCACCUGCACAGUCCUCCCCUGAUGGCUGAUGGAAGCUUCUCUCUGUCCGGACAUCUGCUCAGGAGCCCAGGAGGUAACCCGUCGAGGCUGCACAGUAUAGAGGCCAUCUUAGGGUUUGCCAAAGAGGAUAGUGUCCUGGGCUCAUUUCAGUCUGAGGUCAGUCCAAGAAAUGCCAAAGAGGUGGACAAGAGGAGCUCUAGACAUUGUCUCCACAAAAUGACAGAAGAGAUUCAUCCCCAACAGGAACAUUUAGAAGAUGGCCAGACUGGUGGCUAUGGAGAUCCAUAUUCAGCAAAGACCUCAAGCGAGUGCCUGAGCCCAGGCUUGUCCACCUCAAACAGUGACAAUAAACUCUCUGACGAUGAACAACAGCCCAAGAAGAAACACAGGAGGAACCGGACAACAUUCACAACUUACCAACUGCACGAGCUGGAGAGGGCAUUCGAGAAGUCCCACUACCCUGACGUGUACAGCAGAGAAGAGCUGGCUAUGAAAGUCAAUUUGCCUGAAGUCAGGGUGCAGGUAUGGUUUCAGAACAGGAGAGCCAAAUGGAGGAGGCAAGAGAAACUAGAGGUGACCUCCAUGAAACUUCAAGAUUCCCCGAUGCUUUCAUUUAACCGGUCUCCUCAACCUUCUGCCAUGAGUGCCCUCAGCAGUAGUCUUCCUCUGGACUCCUGGCUCACCCCACCGUUAUCCAAUAGCACAGCCCUGCAGAGUUUACCAGGGUUCGUCACCACACCGACAAGCCUUCCAGGCAGUUACACCCCACCGCCAUUUAUAAACCCUGCAUCCAUGGGUCAUGCUCUCCAACCUUUAGGAGCCAUGGGUCCACCUCCUCCUUACCAGUGUGGGGCCAACUUUGUAGACAAGUAUCCACUGGAAGAAAUAGACCCCAGAAAUAACAGCAUAGCCUCUCUGAGGAUGAAAGCAAAGGAACACAUCCAGUCUUUCGGCAAGCCUUGGCAAACCAUAUGAAUACGGCACAGAUCAGCCACCAUGCCCUGGGAGGACAUUCUAACAAAUCAGUGGACUUCAUAGGGGAGACACUUUUUCUCUAAACAUGAACAUUAUGGGCCAAUUUCCUAGAAUGUUCUGGCUUUAAUACUGUGGAGUUUGCCAGUGUUUUUGACAGCACAAACCACACGAUUGGACUAACGUAUUAUCUCAUGUAUACAAAUGUAAAUUAUAGGUAUAAGUAUUUACUAGGAGAUUUAAAGACUCAAUAACAAUUUUCCAGUUAUUUUUUUUUAUAUUUAUUUACAAACUUGAAACUAGGUCUCUGUGACUAUCUCUAGGUCAGGGGUCCCCAAACUUUUUUUUAACUGUGAGCCACAUUCAAAUCUAAAUAAAGUUGGAGAUCAACACAA